AAUAUUUUUAUAAAAAUAUGCGUUUUACGUAUUUAUUUUGCGUUUAUAAAAAUUAAUUUCAAAUUGACAUUUGAAAAGGCCAAGACUGUCAUGGCCUCUUGAAUGACGUCACACCUCGCAAAACAUUGGAGUUUGUAUAUGUUAGUCAAGGAGAUUUUUUAACAAAUAAUGCAUUCCUCUUAUUAUAAAUACUGUGUAGUGCCCCAGUGUAAAAGUACAACUAUAAAAACGCCAAACAAAUUAUUCAUAUACGUUCCAAACAAUAAACAAAUACGAAGAAAGUGGUUAGAAAUGGCAAGGAGGCAAGAUGCUCAUAGUUUAUCAACUAAUUCAACAAUUUAUUUCUGUGAAGAUCAUUUUGAUGUAAGUAUAAAACAACUCGAUGUGUCUAACCGUAAAUAUAAAAUAAAUGUUAUGAAUUUUGCAAAAUAUACCAUGAAGGUAAACAUAACCAAUAAAACGUUAUGACAUGAGUGAGUAAUUUUGUUUUUUUUAGGAGUAAAAACAUUAUUUUUGUUUUAUGCCUAUAUGAUGUAAUAUUAUACUAUUUCUAUAUUGUUUUAGUUGCCAAACGAUAUGAAUAACUAUACUGAGUAUCAUAUUAUGGGAAAGGUAUCACAAGUGCGCAUGAAACCAGGUUGUAUACCAAAGAAGUUCGAAUGCCAAGAAGAGAGAAGUAAACGGACAUGCAGUGACAUGGAACAAUCACUUAUUUUGAAAAAACAAAGGUUUUCAAUAAUCACAGAGUGUUUGAAUGAACCAGAACAAAGUUCAUCUGUCAAGGAUACUUCUGAUACAAGUUCAGAUUUUCAAAUAGUUCGAAAGAAUGUACCUGAAACUCUCUGUAAGCUGUCCAGACUAAACUAAAAUCAACAGAAAAGGCAUUAUCACCUUUAAAACCAUCAUACAAAUCUAUUUCCACAUCCCCGUUCAAACAGGAGACCAUUAAAAAAUCAAGUCCUUCUACAUCCGGCCUCUGCAAAGUUGCAAGAAGUUUAUUUAUUGAAUCAGAGCACUCUGAGAGUGAUAUUUCUUUAUAUGAACCAUCUACAUCUACGACCAGCUGCUCGCCCAUGCAUUUAUUGCAAGUUAAAUCUUCAUCUGACUGUAGUGAAUUUACUGAAGAGGACAAGAAGCUAGAAGCAAAAGAAAACAUAUCUAAUACAAUAAAAAAAAUUGAGAAAAAACCUAGAUUGUACAUUGGUGUUCCAAUCAAGUGUUACUAUUUGAUUGACAUUAUAAAAGAUGAAAUAAAUAUUCCCAAACAUCAUUUAUUAUUUUGUUUAAAUAAAAUAAGAUUGGAUAGUACAUUUUAUCAACUGUCAGAUGAUUAUGCAAUGUCUCCAUCAUAUUUAAGCAAGAUAUUUUCAAAAAAUGUACCAUUAAUAGCCAGUGUAAUGAGGCCUUUCAUUGUGUCACUAGAUAGUGAAAUGAUUAAAAAAAGACUACCUAUGGCAUUCAGGCACAAAUAUAAUAAUGUAAGUUGCAUUAUAGACUGCCUUGAAAUUGAAAUAGAAAAACCAUCUAAAGCAACAAACCAAGCAUUAACCUGGUCAGAUUACAAAAAAGCUAACACAAUAAAAUAUUUAAUAUCCUGUACACCAAAUGGAUUAGUGAACUAUAUUUCUCCAGGAUUUGGAGGCAGAACAACCGACACUUGUUUAGUUGAAUCCUGUGACUUUGUUCAAACAUUAAAAAGUGGUAUGUUCGUUAUGGCAGACAGAGGCUUCAAACAUGUAGAACAAUAUCUAAAAAAAGCUGGUAUUACACUAGUAAGACCUCCUAGUGUCGAAACAGGAGUAAAGAUGAGUAAAACUGAAGCGAAACUAACUAAGCAAGUAGCUAGCUUAAGGAUACACAUAGAGCGAGUUAUUCGGCGUUUACGUGAAUUUUGUAUGCUUAAACCACAUGCAUGUAUUAAUUUUAAAUAUGUAAAAAUACUUGACGAGAUAAUAAUCAUAGCAUGUGCCUUAAUUAAUAUACAAGAUUCUUUAAUAAAAUAAAAUAAAUGAAAAUCAA